GAACAUAGAACACAAGCUGAGAGGCUAUUCCGACAGCCAAGAAUCCUGGGAAGAUCUGGAUGACAUCAAGAAGGUUUUCUGGUUCAGCAAGACCGAUGUGUCAGAAUACAUCACCAACAACUGGAAGCAAGACGUCUUCUUCGGAUACCAAUUCCUGAACGGACUGAACCCCAGGGUGCUGGAGAGGUGUAUGAAGAUCCCCUCCAUUUUCCCCGUUACUCAGGAGAUGGUCGCGCCCUUCCUUGGAGGCUCCACCACGCUGCAGAAAGAGCUGGAGGUGAGGAAGAGUGCCACAGAUUGA